AUGACAGACAAUGAUCCGACAUCUCCAGAGAACUAUUCGCAGCGUGAUUUGUUGUUGCUUUCCCAACUUCUUUAUACAAAUGGACUAUUAGAUGUCUCAUCACUAACUGCGAACACGAAGAAGCUUGAUGAAAUAAUUCAAGAGUGGUUUGACCACAAGAGUACCAAGCUUUCACUUGCAUCUGGAACUUUGCAUAUCACAAUACCGCCUACUCCUAAUCAAGUAUUAAGUCUCUACGAUAAACUAUUGGCUCAAAGUGAUUGCGACAACACUACAGAUUUGGCUAAUUUUUUGUAUUACAAUAGAAUCGAAGAGCUCGAGCGAAUCAUAGACGAACAAAAGAAUGAAUUUAACAGCAUAUUAUCAGAUUCAAAGCAGAGUAGUUAA